CACGAGCAUAAUUUGGGAAAUUCUGUAUGUGAAUCUAUUGGGCGAUUGUGCACUUGUCCCCCCAAUGUUUAGCUCAUUUCCUGGAUUUGUGUAAAGUAUUUGAGUGCAUUAUUUUUUUUUGGGGGGGGCACACAAUCCUCUCUAGCAACUGCGCACGUUGCCAUGCGUGUCUCCUCUCUUUUCUAAGGAAACAACUUCAGCACGAGCUCCCGAGUGUGACUUCUGACACGCUCCAGGGUCGAGUAGCAGCAUGGAAAAUACACCCCUAAACAAACUCCACUCCUAGAAGACAGUAAAUAACUUCUGGGCAAUCAGUCAUGGAUGGUUCUACGAAUAGCCUAGAUGACGUGUCCGGCAGCAGCGCUGAGUACCCAGACCGUGUGUCCAUGAUGGAGGGGCGUCUGCAGUCGCAGGAAGAUGAGAUCACGCUGCUGAAGUCAUCACUGGCCGACGCGCUACGCAGGCUCCGCCUCCACGACCAGUUGAUCCCCCUGCUUAAACAGCAGAUCAUCGCAGUAAACCCUGCAGCCUCCCGUGUCCUGAACCAGGUUUACUGCUCUGACGGUUUCUCCAGCUCCCGUAAACUGUCCUCCAGCUCAGCCCUGGACAGCCCCCGCCACCCUGCCACCAGCCAAGUACUAAACAGCACUGAAGGUGAGAAUGGCUCUAAUGGGGACUCGACAUUCCCGGCCCUCGUACAUAAGACCCCAACGUAUGAUCGGGCUACCCAGACAGACCUCACUCCUCUGGUGCAGGACCAGGAGCUAGACAGGGUCCCCCUGGCUCUCACCAGGCCCGUCCAGAGCCUCUCCCUGGAGGAUGCACUCCCCGAGGGGAUGUCUCUGACGGAGGAGGCCCGGGCCAAGUUCCACCAUGUCCAGGGACUAGAACUGGAGGAGCAGGAGAAGGACCUGAGCUGGGCAUCUUCCGUAGAGGAGGCCAUCCACCCCACCGCCAUCAGGAACCUCCAGAGAGAUGACCUCCAGGACCCAAAUGGCUCCACGGAGAGCUUGAGCUCAGCCCCCCAGACCCAAAUUUUGGGGUCCCCAGCCCCCCCUAAGGACCUGUCCGCCAGCCUCCGGAGCGGACCUCUCUCUACCAUCCUGAAGGGCGAGAAGAAACCCCUAGCUCGCAGGAACAGUGAGAAACUGGUGAAGGACCCCCAGGAGAAGACAAAGAAGCUGCUGGAAAAAAAGGCGGCAUCCUCGGCCAACCUACUCAACAGAUCCCCCAGUCUGGAGAGCCGGACCAAGGAUCUUAUCGCCAGAGCAGGAUCUCCCGGGUCCAGACGAGGAACCCAAGGUCAAUCAAUCAAGAUGUUCAUCCGUGGUCGACCAAUCACCAUGUAUGUCCCCUCCAACAUCCAGAACUACGAGGACCUGAGGAUGGAGCCACCUGUAGAGAAACUGGAACUUGAUUGGGUUUACGGUUACCGAGGACGGGACUGCCGGGCCAACCUGUACCUGCUGUCGUCGGGUGAGGCGGUGUACUUCAUCGCCUGUGUGGUGGUGUUGUACCACAUCAACAACCGCACACAGCGCCACUACCGCAAACACACCGACUGUGUCCGCUGUCUGACCAUCCAUCCAGACAAGGUACGGGUGGCAUCAGGACAGACGGCGGGGGUGGACAAGGAUGGAAAGCCCCUGCAGCCUUAUGUCCAUAUCUGGGAUUCCUCCACACUGAUCACCCUACAACAGAUAGGACUGGGCACCUUUGAGAGAGGUGUAGGGUCUGUGGCUUUCUCCUUUGCAGAUGCUGGAGCCUUCCUCUGUGUGAUUGAUGACUCCAAUGAACACAUGCUGUCUGUGUGGGACUGUGCCAAAGGAACCAAGCACACAGAGGUUAAGAGCACCAACGAGGCAGUGUUUGCAGUUGAGUUCAACCCCAGCGACAGCACCAACAUCAUCACUUGUGGAAAGUCUCACAUCUAUUUCUGGACCCUGAGUGCAGGCUCACUCACCAAGAAACAGGGCAUCUUCGGGAAAUACAAGAAGCCCAAGUUCAUCCAGUGCUUUGUGUUCAGCCUGACGGGAGACGUGCUGACCGGGGACUCGGAGGGGAACAUCCUGACAUGGGGCAAAUCACCCGGCGACGUCAAGACACUGGGGAAAGGAGCCAAAGAAACGUUCCAGAUCAUGCGUCAGACGCGGGCCCACGACGGCAGUGUGUUUACGCUGUGUAUGCUGCAGGGAGGCGCUCUCCUCAGCGGCGGGGGCAAAGACCGCAAGAUCAUCCGCUGGAGCGCAGACCUGGCGCCCGAGAGAGAGUGUGAGAUUCCAGAAAAGUUUGGUGCGGUCCGUUGCAUCACAGAUGUAAACGGGGAAGAGGUGUUGGUUGGUACCACCCGAAAUGCCAUCCUGAGGGGCACUUUCUCUGAUGGCUUCGUGGCCAUAGUGCAGGGUCAUGUGGAUGAGAUGUGGGGUUUGGCUACUCACCCCUCUCAGGAUGUCUUCCUCACCUGUGGACAUGACAGACAGGUGUGCGUGUGGAACACAGAGGAGCACAAACUGGACUGGUGCACCACGCUGGAGGAGUAUGGGCUGUGUGCAGACUUCUGUCCUAAUGGGGCUGUGGUGUCUGUUGGGCUCAGCACAGGCAGAUGGCUGGUCCUUGACCUGCAGACCAAAGAGGUGAUCUCAGACUACACCGAUGGGAAUGAACAGCUGUCCGUCAUGAGAUAUUCACCAGACGGUAGCUUUUUGGCCGUGGGUUCCCAUGACAACUUCAUCUACGUCUACAACGUCACCGAGAGUGGACGGCGCUACUCCCGCUACGGAAAGUGCAAUGGUCACUCCAGCUUCAUCACUCACCUUGAUUGGUCCAAAGAUGGGAAGUACAUUAUGUCCAAUUCGGGCGACUACGAAAUUCUUUACUGGGAUGUUGCCGGAGGUUGCAAGCUGUUGAGGAACCGCUAUGAGAGCAAAGACCGAGAAUGGGCGUCCUACACCUGCGUACUGGGCUUCCACGUCAUGGGUGUGUGGUUGGAAGGUUCAGACGGUACAGACAUCAACGCCCUCUGUCGCUCCCACAGUGAGAGGUUGGUAGCGGUGGCUGACGACUUCUGUAAAGUCCAUCUCUUCCAGUAUCCCUGCCCAAAACCCAAGGCCCCAAACCACAGUUAUGAGGGCCACGGCAGCCACGUGACCAAUGUGCGCUUCACCCACUGUGACAGUCACUUGCUCUCUAUGGGUGGCAAGGACACCUGUAUCCUCCAGUGGGAGGUCAAGAGAGCAGGAACAGGGGAUGGUGGAGACCGCCUACACUCUGCAUCCUUCACCAGUUCCCCAGAACCUUAAAGGAGGGAAAGAGACAUUAAGAGAGAAAAUCAAAUCACAUUUUAUUGGUCACAUGCGCCAAAUACAGCAGGUGAAGACCUUACCAUAAAAUGCUUACAUACAAGUCCUUAACCAACAAGGCCUUAACCAACAAGGCAGUUCUAACAAAAUAGAGUUAAGAAAAUAUUUACUAAAUAAACUAAAAAAAUUAAAAAGCAACACAAUAAAAUAACAAUAACGAGGCCAUAUACAUGGUACCAAGUCAAUGUGCGGCGGUACAGCUUAGUCAAAGUAAUUUGCACAGGUAGGUAGGGGUAAAGAUAGAGAGGCAUUUUUACAGAGUGGGGAGUAAUGUAGAUAAUGAGGGAACUGGCUGGCCCUUGUAUAUCAGUACAAAAGGUAUAAGGUCAGCCAAGGAGGCUUUGGAUUCCAUAGGAUUCUCUUUUCAAACAUGAUGAAGUUUGGUUUUUACAGAUAUUGGCCCCACAUGAUGAAAUAGAAACGUUAGUACAUCUGGGCACAAUCUACUUCUCAAAUUAAGUGAAAUUCCUAGUCUGACAUUUGAAAAAGGUCAAGCUAUCGAAUCAACUGCCUGUUUGACUGCCAUCAUCAACUGACGACCAAGGGAUGAAUUGUUGAGAACAUUCCAAAAUAUCCCAUUUUUGUUUACCAUACAAGCGUACCAUAGUGGUGUUUUAUGGUUAUCAUCUUGUCAGAAAAGUAAUAUACACAUUUUGCUCUAUUGCGAUCUCUAGGAAUAUUGACCUGUUUUUGUGCUUCAAACUUUUGCAUUUUGCUAGACGGUGACAAUCUUUCAAGUGCAUUUACUCAUUAGUUCCAACUGCAAUAUCUCCUGUAUUAGACAAAUUCAGAAAUGUUUACCUUAUUGUAGUACACUUCACUUUUGGAUUUGAUAUCUUCUGUGUAUAUUUAAAAGUACUUUUGAAUGUGUCAUCGUUUCCUAUGUCUGUAGAUAUUUCUAUCAAUAAACAAUUACAAAAA